AAAACACGACAAUGGAUUGGGGAGCUCUGCAUACCAUUUUAGGCGGUGUAAACAAGCACUCCACCAGCAUCGGGAAGAUAUGGCUCACGGUCCUGUUCAUCUUCCGGAUCAUGAUCCUGGUUGUGGCUGCGGAGAGAGUCUGGGGAGAUGAACAAGAUGACUUUAUCUGCAACACUCUGCAACCUGGUUGCAAGAAUGUUUGCUAUGAUCACUUUUUCCCCAUCUCUCACAUCAGACUCUGGGCCCUGCAGCUGAUCUUUGUUUCCACCCCUGCGCUGCUGGUGGCCAUGCACGUAGCUUACAGGAGGCACGAGAAGAAACGGCAGUUCAGAAAAGGAGACCAGAAGUGCGAAUACAAGGACAUUGAAGAAAUCAGAAGGCAGAGGUUUCGUAUUGAGGGCUCCUUGUGGUGGACGUACACCAGCAGCAUCUUCUUCAGACUGGUCUUUGAAGCAGUCUUCAUGUAUGCGUUUUAUUUCAUGUACGAUGGGUUCCAAAUGCCUCGCUUAAUGAAGUGUAAUGCUUGGCCCUGCCCCAACACCGUAGACUGCUUCGUUUCUCGGCCUACUGAGAAGACGGUGUUCACCAUUUUCAUGAUUGCUGUCUCCAGCAUUUGCAUUCUUUUAAAUGUGGCUGAAUUAUGUUACUUACUGACAAAAUUCUUCCUCAGAAGGUCUAAAAAAGCUGGAAAUCCCAAACAUCACCCCAACCAUGAGAAUAAGGAAGAAACCAAACAAAAUGAAAUGAAUGAGUUGAUAUCUGAUAGCUGUCAGAACACAGUCAUAGGAUUUACGAGUAGCUAAGGUAGGGUCAGUGGUGGGGUUCACUCUUUUUGGAGUGAAUGUUCUUUGUUUAAAGGCUGCAAAGGAAACUUGUUACAUGAAACAAUUUAAAUUGGGUGAGACUGAUACGUAGCGUCAGGUGUCAGUUAUGCACAUGACUGGAAAAAAAAAAGUCAGGGCAGCCUAAAUGUGAGAAUGGCAUGAGGAUUAAAUAGGAAAGUGUGUCUUCCUGUGUGUACCCUUACAAGCUGAUUAUGACAAGUGGGAAACCCACUAGUACCUUUGUGCUGACACACUCCUGAAUACUACAUGCAACAGCAAUAAGAAGAAAACUCUUUCCAAGCUAGAU